AUCGAGAUAUUGAUGCCAUGUAUGAAGAUGAUGACCUUUAUUUGGAUUCUGUGUUUUUAUUCAAGCCUGCUAGUCAGUCCUUUAAGACAUCAAGCGCAACCUCAUUAAAGUCAGAGUCUGCAUCAAAUGUUGGGAAAGGAAAGCCCCCUUCCAAGCCCUAUCACAGUAGAAAGCGAUGAGAGUUCUUAUGAAGAAAAUGAAUCUACUAACCUUAUCGGAAUAUCCCAAGAAAGGAAAACGCUAAUGGAUGACAUGCAAAAAGAGUAUGAAGAAUCUCUUAAAGCUGACCAAAAAAGAGAAGCAGACAAACUAAAAGUUCAACAAGAUCAAGAGGAGCUUCGAAGUUUACAAGAAAAGAGACAGAACAGAGUUCUCCCUGUUCCAGACAUUGGGUKUACAAUUCGAGUGAGACACCCAACCCUUGGAUUUAUAUCAAGAAUCUUCAAACCAUCUUCCACUAUGAAGGCAGCAUAUGACUGGGUUGGAUCCCUAAGCCUAAAACCAAAGUUCUUCAGUUUGAUGUCAUCAUUUCCAGUGAAGCUGAUAUAUCCUGAUGAAAAGAUAGAGCAUUAUGGAUCAACAGUAUGUGUGACUGAAGAGCGAGACACACCUGUACCCCUUUCUCACUGUGAAAAUGAUGUAAGCAUUGAUAACAAUAAAGGCUCAUCAUCAGGUGAUUUGGAUGACACUCUUGUGACAGUGGAUGUACCAAGUGUAUUGAUGGAAGAAGAUUCUCCUUCUGAGACAAUAAGCCAUUUCAACAGUCUAAAUGACAAGCGUAAAAUAGCUUUAUUAAACCUUGAUCCAAAGGUAACAAUUAAAGUUGAUAAAGAUAACACCAUCAAACAUCUGCUAGAAAUUUACACAGAUGAAACGCUCGUUAACAAUGACUUAAGAGUUGACUUUAACUGUCAUUCACCGGACGAAAUUGUGGUCGGGGAUGGUGUCAUCCGAGAACUUUUUUCCCUUUUCUGGGAAAAAUUUCUGGGUGGAGAUACUAACCAAGUACCUCUUCCCAUUGGCCCCGAUCCAGAGAAAUACAAAUGUUUGGGAAGAAUUUUGCACCAUGGUUAUGUCUUAACAGGCUUCUUCCCUACAAGACUUGCAAGUGCUUCAAUGCAGCAAGUACUCUUUGGAGAUGUUAACAAGGAAAGCAUUCUAAAAUCAUUCACGGAAUGUUUGCCACAAAAGCAAAAAGAGCUGGUGGUCAAAGUGUUGCAAAAGGACACCGUUGAAUUCCCGUUCGACGAUCUUUGCGACAUUUUGGACGAUUUCCAAAUUACGAGGCUUCCCAACCGUGAAAACAUCAGUGAUAUUCUACUUGAAAUCGGUACUAUGGAAUUUGUCACAAAGCCAUUCCUUUGCUUAAACUCAUUGCGACAAGGUAUGGGGGUAUUUUGGAGCACCGUCACCACCCAUGAAAUAGAUGCUAUUCAUGAUACCUGCAGACCCACACCAAAUAAAGUUAUCGAUGCAAUUAUGGUUAAACCUCAGAGCAAGAAAGAAGACAAAGUAACACGCUGGUUAAGGUUAUACCUCAAAGAAUCCAACGAGAAAGAGUUAAAGAGGUUCCUUUGGUUUUGCACAGGGACUGAUUUGUUAGUGCCGGACAGAAGAAUCAAAGUUCAGUUUAAAGUCAAGUUUGGAGCAACGUCCAAAAGCACAGACCUGCUUUUGCAUCUUAACACUGCCUUCUACUUAUCUGACCUUCCAAGAUUUGAAAGCUAA